GACAGCAUAACCAGAUAUCAGUACUCAAGAAUCCAUCUCGAUAACUCUUUCAUUCCCUAGUUAAAUCUAUCUUAUCAGAACGAUUACCACACACCAUGUCCCGGUCAUCCACACCCACCGUCUUCGAACAGCAGCGCGAGGACCUCGUCCGCGAGAUCGCCGUGGGCAUGGAACAAGUCCUCCAGAACAUCAACCGGUUGAAUCGUAAUCUGGAAAGUAUUAUCUCGGUCGGGAAUGAGUUUGGCUCGGUCGAGGCGCUCUGGUCCCAGUUUGAGAACUUCAUGGGGCGACCGGAGCAAGAAGGGAAGGACUCUGCGGCGUCCCGUGAGGAGGAAGGCCGGCACGAUGAGUCGGAAGGGGAGAGGCAUAGUUCGUGAAGAUUGCGGAGACUUUUUAUUAUGUUUACACGUUCAUAGAUUGAUAGAUACCCU